CAUAUCUAAAUAUGAGUUCAACUUACCGACUUACCGCCGUUUCGGACUCUUUUACUUUUAAAUCAAAAAUCAUAUAUUAAUUUUUUUAUUUUUUAUUUUUUAAAUCGUAAAUCCGCGUACUCAAUUAGUAUUUAAGGACCAUUUACACCUUCAUCCAUUCUACCAUCUUGACUCACUCAAUAUCAAAGAGAGAGAAAAUAGAGUUAAAAAAAAAACAAGAAAAAAACCAAGAAAACAAGAUCUAAGAAAAAAUGCCAGCACUAUAUAUAACAACAAAUGUAAAUUUGGAAGGUGUUGAUGUUGAACCUAUCUUCUCUGAAGCUAGUGCUGCUAUUGCUUCCAUUAUCGGCCGCCCUCAACAUUUGGUGAUGGUGGUAGUGAAAGGAUCAGUACCAAUAUCAUUUACAGGAACAAAAGAUCCAGCAGCAUUUGCACAAUUAAUAUCAAUGGGUGGUAUUAAUAAAGUUGUCAAGAAAAAUUUAAUAACAAGUCUUGGUGCUAUUCUUCAGAAUCAUUUAACUAUUCCUCCUGCUAGAUUUUUCUGCCAUGUUAUUGAUACUACUGCUGGUCGCCCACAAUCUAAGCUUUAAUUUCUUGUAAUCUUGAUUAAAUUAUUUUAAUUUAAUUUGGUUUUCCCUUGUGUAAACCCAAUUAAAAUUGAUGUAUCAAUUGGAAUAAAUUUUUGUGGCAAAUGGUUAUAUUGAAUAUUUUUGAAAAUAAAUUAUUAUUAUGAUG